AGGAAAAAAAAAAAGCGCCGAAACCCGGAGCCGGGCCGCGCCGCCAGCGAACUGCGUACUUCCGAAAAUCCCGCGCGCGCGGGAGAGGGAUCGACACAAACACCGGGCCCGACGCAGCCGCGACACACCGUCAGUCGUAUACGCACCGUCCGAAGCGAUCGCCAUGCAACACGGCGGCCGCUGUCGUCGAUACCGUCUUAGCAGUAGUUGUUGUUGUUGUUGUUGUGGUCGUCGUCGUUAUUGUUAUUGUCGGUCGUCGCCGAACGGUACGGCGACCGCGUGCGACAGUGCGGAUACCGUCGAGCGCCGUUCGCGCGUUGUUGUUGUUGUUGUGCACAGCGGAAAAUCAACGAUGACGGGCCACCGACAACGACGCCGCCCCGGUUUCACUCGUGCAACGAUAGCGACAAAAACGGCCCCGUCGUCGCCGCGCCAAAUAAUAUAAUAUAAUAAUAAUAUACGAAAUAAUAAAUCGUAUAAUCGUCGUCGUAUUAUUAUUGUUAUUAUCGUUUCGAACGUUGUCGCCGUCUGCCUUCAACGUCGUCGUCCCUCCGUCGCCUUCCCGUCGUUUUGUCGUGUCCGUCGUUCCGAUACACAACGAAAAAAAAACGUUAUUAUUCGAUAAUCGAAUAACUUUUUUUUUUUUUUUUUUACUCUAUCGCACUUGUCGCGCCACCGUCGUGUGAUAACUAUUAUUAUUUUUUAUUUUUAUUAAUAUUUUAUUAAGUGCGCCGUCGGUCACAUCGCGCGCGCGUUUGUCUCCGUCGUCGCCAUUGAUAAGUGCGCAAGGCGUAACACUCGUAAUUAGUAUUUUUACGCGCUCACCGUACACUUAUCAACGCACACCGCGUUGUUGUUUAUUAUUAUUAUUAUUAUUAUUAUUAUUUUUAUACACCGCCGCCGUCGUAGUUUAUUUAUUAUCUAUUUUAUCUAUAAAAUAAUAUUACCACUGGCGCUGAUCGUUCGGCCGCCCGUUUUAUACUGUUUACAUUGCACCAAAGUAUGAUGGAUACGAAAAAAGAUUUUGAAUUUGAAGAACUUAUAAUCUGUGGCUGUUGCAAGCAGAAAUUCAAUGAAACAGAAUUUGUGCCAAAAGAACUUAGUUGUAAACACUGUUUUUGUUUGCAAUGUGUUAAGACCACUAUGCUCAAAGGUUUGGAAGUGUAUUGCAUAAAUUGUUGGAAGCGAACUGAAUUAGAUGAGCAAUCUCCAGAGACUUUGCGAACACAAAAGUCUAUUCUCAGUCUAAUUAGACACCUGGCAAAUGUUAAAGUCAAUAAAUCUGUUGAUAAAGAACGGAAGGGUGAAAAUUGUCAUACACAUGGAAUGCCAUUUUCAUUUUGGUGUUAUAAUUGCCAACAGCUGUUAUGUCGAGCAUGCGGAACUCAAUCCGAUCACAUGGGACAUUCUAUAAAAUCAAAUAAUGAUGCACGUGACCAUCUAAUCAGUGAAGUUCAAGUUGAAACUAUAGCUAUUGCUAAAUUGAUGAGUGAAAUUCAAAAUUUAUUUGGACACAAACGCCAAUUCCUCUUAAGGGUUUUAGAUGCCUGUAACACGCUAAAAACUCAAAUUGAACUUGAGCUAAAUAGUGGUUGGACUCAAAAUACAAAUGAUUUACUGCAGACCAAUGAAGCUUUGAAUAGUAUCAAACCGUCAAAUUUACGUACAGAUGAUUUAUAUGAUUUACAAUUAUAUUUGAAUCGGCUAGAACAAGUAAAACAGAAAGUACAAAAUAAAUAUUCUGAACAAUUUGCACAUGGCCAAUUAGAAGAUAUUAUAUCUUCUACUAACUUGUUAGAUUUUGGUAUGAUCAAACAAUCGUUGUCUUCAUUACAGUCUAUGGCUUUAGAAUCAUGUAAGUCUGCAGAUUUGGCAAAUCCAAACACUCAUAUUUUUUUCUUAGCUAACUAUUGUACAGCACAACUGUUUACAAGAUAUGUACUACCUAAACAUGUUACACAACUUGUAAAUGGACCAGAAUUUGGGAAAAAUUCUCCUGGAAACUCAUCUACCACUCAAUACACAACAUCUCUAUCUUCAAUUUCAUCAAAUGAACCCGUACUGAUAACUUCACAAAGCAGUCCACCACCAGCUAUUUUGAAUAGUGUACCUUCAAUACGUAAUGUUAAUACUUUUCCCAUGUUUUAUUUCAAUAUUGAAGUAAAUGGGACAUCAUUUGGUCGUUUAGUUAUUGAAACUCGCCCAGAUGUGGCGCCAAAAAUGUCAAAGAACUUUGAAGUAUUAACCGUGGGGGAUACAAAUGGUUGUUCAUAUAAAGGCUGCUCAAUAUUUCAGUGUUGGGAUGGAGAAUCUGUGAUUACUGGUGAUUUUGAAUUAAACAAUGGUCGUGGUGGUAAAUCUAUAUAUGAUGAAAGUUACUUCAUGCCCGAUGACACUAAAUUUCCUGCAGUCCGAGGAGCUGUAGGAAUGCGCCGCACUCAAAAACGUCAUGAUAAUAUGGGUAUGGUUGGAUCACAGUUUCGUAUUAUACUACAAGAAAUGCGUGGGUUCACAGCAAUUUUUGGACAUGUGGUAGAUGGUAUUGAUCUCGUUGAAAAAAUGGCCUCGUUUGGAGAUCAAACUGGCAAACCGUCCAAGACAUUUGUCAUAUCUAGUUGUGGUAAAGUUUAAUAUAACUUUCUUUUUAAUGUAAAUUUAAACUAAAUAAUCGAUCGAGUAGUUUAUAGAAGCAAGUGAACAUUUAUGUGUAUUUUUGUAAUCCAUUAUCGAAGGUUUCGAUAAAUUUAUUUUGAAAUCCAAACAGUAUAUUAUCAUAUGUAUUAGUUUUAAAUAAUAAUGAUAACUAUAUCCCACAUAUAUUAAAAUUUAUCAAAUAAUAUAAUGGCGUUUUAAAAAUGUAAGUUGUGCACAGUGAAUUAUUUAUGUUAUUUUUCAAAAUGUGUACCAUUGUAUCUUAAUUAUACUCCUUUUCUUACAAAUAUAUGCAUAAGUUAUAUAUUUAAAAUCUGAAGUAAUAUUACAUAUUUUAUUUAUAGUGUUUGGGAUACAUAAACAUUGAUGUCCAUAUUUUACAACUUCUAUACUGUUUUUACAUUUUACUUUACAUAGAUCUAUCAAAGUUGAUUUAAUUAUUGUUAAUUUGAGGUAAAAAAAAAAUGAUUAAGUAUCUACAUUUAUAAUUUGAUGAAAAAAUAAAAGUACACAAAUUUCUACACAUACCGGGAAUUUUAUUUCAUAAUUUAACAUAUUCCAACAGUAAACAGUAUUUUUUUAUUUUAAUCGAAAAUAGUCAAAUUAUUGAAAAAACUAGUUAAAUUUAUAUUUAAGUAAAAAUAUGGUCUCAUGGAUGUUUUUUUUUAAUAGGUAUACAAUCAAUGUUCACAUUAUUUUUAGAUUUUACUCAGACGUGAUUUUGUUUUUUAAAAUGUUUUUUUCAUCACAAGACAAGCUUGUUUUAUUUUAUAAUUGUAAACCACAAGUAAACCGAGUUACAUUAUAUGAAUGUAUUAUAUUAAUAUGUUGAUGAGUAAAGUUAAUAUAUCAGAACAAUAAAUUAUAACAUAUUUGUAUAUGAAUUAAUUGUAAAUCGUUUUUCGAGUGUAUGUCAUGAAAAAUAAAUAUAUUUUUCAAUGGGA